UUUUUUUUAUGUAUUUUAGGGUAAACACAGAAUUUGUAGUUAGCAAUAUUCCAACAAGAAGUUCAGCGCUACCUCAACAAAAAUAUCACCAAAUACCUUUUCUUUCAUAUAUUUUAAUGCCAUUUACAAUAAUUUUAACACCCUUAGCUAAUGCACAACCAGAUACUAUUGAUAAAGUGAAUUUUUCAAGACAUUUUUAA